AUGGCCGCCUCAACCAUGUCUGUCUGCUCUGACGCUCGCACCAACUCCUCCUGGCAGGUGGAUGACUGCCCAGAGAGCUGCUGUGAGCCCUGCUGCUGUGCCCCCAGCUGCUGCCAGCCCAGCUGCUGUGCCCCCAGCUGCUGCCAGCCCAGCUGCUGUGCCCCCAGCUGCUGCCAGCCCAGCUGCUGUGCCCCAGCCCCCUGCCUGACCCUCAUCUGCACCCCAGUGAGCUGUGUGUCCAGCCCCUGCUGCCAGUCUUCCUGCUGCACACCCUCUUGCUGCCAGCAGUCUAGCUGCCAGUCAGCUUGCUGCACCUGCUCCCCCUGCCAGCAGCCCUGCUGUGUGACCCUCUGCUGCAAGCCUGUCUGCUGCACACCCAUCUGCUCUGGACCAUGCUGCCAGCAGUCUAGCUGCCAGUCCUCAUGCUGUCCAUCCCCCUGCUGUGUGCCUGUCUGCUGCAAGCCUGUCUGUUGUACACCCAUCUGCUCUGGCUCCUCCUCCUCCUGCUGCCAGCCCUCCUGCUGUGCUCCUGUGUGCUGCAAGCCCUGCUCCAGCCUGUCCCUGCUGUGUCGCCCUGUGUGCAGACCUGCCUGCUGUGUGCCCACCUCCUCCUGCUGUCCUCCUGUGUGUCCCUGCUGUGCCGCCCUGCCUGCUCCNUGCUGCCAGCCCUCCUGCUGUGCUCCUGUGUGCUGCAAGCCCUGCUCCAGCCUGUCCCUGCUGUGUCGCCCUGUGUGCAGACCUGCCUGCUGUGUGCCCACCUCCUCCUGCUGUGCCUCCUCCUGCCAGCCCAGCUGCUGCCGCCCAGCCUCCUGUGUGUCCCUGCUGUGCCGCCCUGCCUGCUCCAGACAGGCCUGCUGUGGGCAGAAGUCCAGCUGCUGA